UAUACUGCGAGUCGACACCAGAGCCAACGAAUACUAAAAGAAUAGAACAGAACAGGAUUCCUCAACAGCGGGGCCUCCGACAAACAAAAAUUGUUCACUUUGAUCGACGAUAAAAACGAAACCAUUUGAUGGAUCUGGUUGAAACUUUGACAGCAUUCUAGUUAAAAGUCAAGCUUGCUGUAGCAACAAACGUUAUGAUACUUGGCGCGCCAUCUCUUGAAUUUUCUAAGGACUUAUUGACCCAUCCUCGUACCUAUAUAGUGUUAUUGUUUCAUUCUACCAUAACCUAAUUUUAACAUGUUAAAAACUUUGAAGUCGUCUGCAAAGAUUUGCCAAAAUCACGAUUAUGAUCUCUCUCUAUGUAUAUAUAUAUGUAUAUAUAUAUUGAAAUUAUAGGUUAACUAGAAAAUAUUAAAAAAUGAAUAGCUUAAUUAAAUUUUCUUUACGUUACAAAAAUUUCGUAAACUUUAUUGAAUGCAAAAGAUUCGCGGGACACAGCAAGUGGGCGAAUAUCAAGCAUACUAAAAUGGCAAAAGAUGCUCAGCGAUCAGAUGUUCUUAGAAAUUUUAUAAAUAAACUGAAAGUGGCAAUAACAGAGGGUAAGUCUGCAAAACCAGAAAACAAUCAUAAGUUAGCAAGAGUCAUUGAGGAAGCCAAAAGAAAAUCUAUGCCAAUGGCAACAAUUAAAAAUUUUCUUGAAAAAGCUCAGAGCUCCAAAAUUGGUACUCAAUCAGCUUUUUUUGAAAGUAGAGGCCCUGCUGGUAGUAUGGUUCUAAUACAUUUAUUAACAGAAAACAUUCCUCAUACACGCUCUUAUGUUAAUAUGCACCUUAAGAAAUGUGGGUUUACAGCAAGUGAAAUGCCAAGCCAAAAUUUGUUUUAUGAGAAAGGUUUAAUAUACACUGAAGUAGGUGAAUUUGAUAUUGACAAAGCCAUAGACGAUGCCAUUGAAACAGGUGCCGAGGAAGCAGAGAAAUUACAAGAGGAUGAUAAAGAAUUUAUUCAGUUUACAUGUGCUGCUUCAGAAGUAUAUAAAGUAAGGAAUAAAUUAGAAAAACUAAAUUACAAAAUCAUUGAAACAGAUAUUUUAUUUAUGCCCUUCAAGUAUGUAGAACUGUCAGAUGAAGACAUAGAAUAUGUCAGUAAGUUAUAUACCAGAUUAGGUCAAAUGGAGGAAGUUAUCAAAAUAUACAAUAAUAUACAAUAAUGUUUGUAUUGAAAGUUGAUUAAUCAUCUUUGCAGAAUCAUUUGUUACAUAUUAAAAAACGAAUACCUAUGAAGUUGAAAUAUUUUAAUAAAAAAAUGUUAAAGAUUUAUUGUUUGAGUUUUUAAGUUUAGAGGUUUCUACAUACAUAAGAAGAUAUCCGACGUCGAAUAACGGAUAUCGGACAUAUAUCAAGAUUAUCAAAAUACAAAACUAACAUUAAAAAAUUAAUAUUAUCAGUACAAUUAUUUGUACAAUAAUAUAUCAUUUAACUAUUUUUUUACAUCAUGGUACACGUCUGAUGACCGAUAUCUGAUGUCUCCUUGUAUAUAGUUUUUAUAUUUUAGAUUUUU